UUGAAUUCUUCAAAAACCCAAAACUCUGAAAAACAAGGAUCUAUUCUUCUUCUUCUUCUUCUUCUUCUUCAAUCUAUUUCAAAGUCGAACAUGCUUCAGAGAGAUUUCUGGGCGUUCUUCGUUUUCCUAUGUCUUGCUUUCCAAUCCCACAUCUCGAAUUCUCAAAGCCCAAAUUGCAAUUCCAACGAUUGGAGAGCGCUGCAAGGCUUCCUGACAGGUUUGGACUCUACAAUUGAUGGGUGGGGCAAUGCUUCGUCCGAUUGCUGCAGCUGGGCCGGCAUCAACUGCGAGAUGUCUUCUACGUUAGGGGUCGAGGAUUCAACAGUCCUAGGCAAAAGGGUCAUCGGGUUGGAUCUUGGCGGGAGAGGAUUGAAAGGUUUCAUUUCUGAAUCCUUGUCCGGCUUGGAUCAGCUAAGAGUCCUCAACCUCUCUGAUAACAAGCUCACCAGCACUGUGCCAACAGAACUAUUUCAUUUUCAGCAUUUAGAGGCUCUUGAUUUGAGUCACAAUGACUUCUCUGGUUCAAUCAUGGCUGAUUCUGAUUUACCAAUGAUCCUGUCUUUCAAUGUCUCGAACAAUCAGUUCACCGGCAGGCAGCCGAUCCUUGCGCGGUCCACGAAUUUAGUGGCAUUCAUUAUCAAUACUAAUAAGUUCGAUGGUCCCAUCGAUGCGAGUAUUUGCGGCAUGUCGUCCCAGGUUCAGGUUCUUGAUUUUUCAUCAAAUGGGUUCUCUGGCAAUUUCUCAACAGGUUUUGGGAAUUGUAGGUCCCUUCUAGAGCUCUCUCUUCAUUCGAAUGAACUGAUAGGAAGUUUGCCAGACAGUUUAUUUGAGUUGGUGUUGUUGAAUGAGUUGAAGCUUCACAAAAACAGACUAUCCGGGCUGCUGAGCGAUGGAAUAGGUAAUCUUUCUAACCUCAUGCAUUUGGAUCUCUCAAUCAAUGAGUUUUCAGGGAAUCUGCCUGAUGUUUUCAGUAAACUUGGAAAGUUGGAGGUUUUUUCUGCUUAUUCAAACAGUUUCACAGGACCUUUACCCGCAUCCUUGUUGAGCUUGUCGUCACUCUGCUUUCUUAAUCUAAACAAUAACUCUUUUAGUGGCGGGAUAGAUCUUGAUUGCACAGCAAUGGUCCAUCUCAGCCAUCUUGAUCUCGGCUCGAAUCAGUUUCGUGGCAACAUUCCCAAUAGCUUAUCCUCCUGCACAGAAUUGAAGACCAUAAACCUUGCUAAAAACAGCCUCGAUGGCCAAAUCCCUGAUAGCUUCAAACACCUUCAGGAACUCACUUCCCUGUCGCUGUCAAAUAAUAGCUUCAGAAACAUUUCAGCGGCACUUGGGGUCCUACAACAAUGCAAGAACCUAACUACUUUGGUACUCACCAAGAGUUUCCAUGGCGAAGAAUUGCCCACAUAUGGAAUUCAAGGAUUCAAGAGCCUAGAGGUUCUUAUCAUUCCAAACUGUGGCCUUUCUGGUUCAGUUCCUCCCUGGCUGAGAAACUGUACUCAAUUACGACUGUUAGACUUAUCUUGGAACCACUUGAAUGGAAACAUCCCUUCAUGGUUAGGUAGCUUAGAUUCUCUCUUUUAUUUGGACUUGUCAAACAAUUCACUCACAGGAGAAAUCCCAGAAAGCUUGACACAAUUGAAGAGUCUCAUUUUCCCCAACAUCUCACAUGAAGAGUCUACACCUCCUGGCUUUCCGCUUUUCAUGAAAUCCAAUCAAAAUGCAAGUGGGUGGCAAUACAAUCAUGCUAGCAGCUUCAGGCCAUCAUUGGUUCUGAGCAGCAACGAGCUUACAGGACUGAUCCGGCCGGAAUUUGGGAAUUUGGAAUAUCUUCAUGCACUGGAUCUCAGCAAGAACUACCUCACUGGAGCAAUUCCAGGUGGUUUAUCUAACAUGAAGAACUUAGAGAUAUUGGAUCUGUCCUUCAAUAAGCUCGUGGGAGCCAUACCCUCUUCUCUAAUCAAGCUCAACUUUCUAUCAAGAUUCAAUAUAGCAAACAACGGCUUGUCUGGAGCAAUCCCUUCAGGAGGGCAGUUCUCUACCUUCCCACCUUCAAGUUUUGAGGGGAACACUGGCCUCUGUGGUCAACAUCUAUACCCUUGCCGUAUUGCAUCGAAGGAAACUGAAACUGCCCCAGUGGAGAGAAGCAGAACAGUCCCUGUCGAUUUGAGAUUCGGAAUUGAAGUAAUGUUGUAUCUUCAGCUUGUAAUUAUCCUCUACUUGGAAAGAUUAUUCUAAAACAUCUUAAA